AUGUUCUGGGUUGCCACAAUGCUCAACCCUUUCAGUAUCUUCACACAGGCCUUCCCGCCCCGGCCGCAAUUCACAGAGAAGGAUGUUCCUGAUCUCACCGGAAGGGUAUGCAUCGUAACGGGAGCCAACACAGGAGUGGGCAAAGAAGUCGCGCAGAUUCUCUACUCCAAGAACGCUACCGUCUAUGCCACAUCGCGAUCUGAAGAAAAAGGGCGUGCUGCCAUCGCUGCCAUCAAGGAGGCGGUUCCCGAAUCCUCGGGGAAACUGGACCUUCUUACCCUCGAUUUGGCAGACCUCACCACCGUCAAGCCUGCCGUUGAAGCCUUUCUCGCCAAGGAAACCCAGCUUCACCUUCUCAUUAACAAUGCCGGCGUCAUGAUGCCGCCGCAGGGCAGCAAGACCGUUCAAGGCUACGAGUUGCAGCUGGGCACAAACUGCAUCGGCCCCUUCCUCUUCACCAAACUUCUCACGCCUACCCUUGUGAAGACGGCCAAGACAGCGCCCAAGGAUAGCGUCCGCGUCGUCUGGGUUUCCAGUUCCGCUGCCGAAGUCCUUUCACCUUACCCCGUUAUUGACAUUGAUAACCUCGAUUACUCCAAGAGAGACAGAAUGAAGGAGUUCAAGUACGGAAUCAGCAAAGCAGGAAACUACUUCCACUCGACAGAGUUCGCCAAGCGACACAAAGAUGAUGGCGUCAUUAGCGUAGCGCUGAACCCCGGAAACCUGUCGUCGGAGUUGGACCGGCAUCUUACUGCCUUGAUCCCCCAGCUAUUCAGAAAGGCGACAACAUACCCGGCCAUCAACGGUGCUUACACUGAACUUUUUGCCGCUCUCUCACCCGAGGUGACCAUCGAAAACACUGGAGCUUGGGUCGUUCCUUGGGGCCGUCUCUACUCGAUCAGGGAUGAUUUAGUCCAGGGUUCCAAGUCCCGCGAAGAAGGCGGCACUGGGCUUGCUGAAGACUUUUGGAAAUGGACAGAAGAUCAGGUGAAGAAGUAUCUUUAA